AUGGCUUCCCCGCGAUAUCUUCGCCGUCUCACUGAUGGAGACAGGUUUCCUGCCGAGAAAGCGGAUUCAUUGGAUCUACAACAAGGUUCGGAGAAGGAAAGCACUCCAAUAAAUGUGACCGGGCUUCGGGAACAUCGACUAAUCAUCUUGAUCAUAUGGAUCCUCAUCUUAUUCAUAUUUGCUAUCCUCAUUUUGGCUGUAAGCUCGUCUUAUUAUGGGUCUUCAUGAUAAAAACUUCUCUUUCAGUUCAAUAUAACACUAAUACGGGUCCUAAAAAUGAGCCCUCGAGGGAUGGAAUACAUCAAAGUGCAUUCUUAUAAUGACGAAAAGACAGGGAAAGAAGAGACGAUCGUGUAUAUGUCAGCCAAGAACAUUGAUCUAGGACAUGUUGUCACAAAUACUGGACAUGUUAUUGGGCCGAAAGCACAGACUAUGAAUAUUCAAGGAAGCCGAGUGAGUCAAAGUAUGCUGUUUUCGUAUUUAAAGUUUAGGUUUUAAUCAAAGGUGGAGUCAACAAGACCGAGUUUUUGCUUCAAGAUGGGGUUUGCCGGUUUGAUUUGCAUGAAAACUUCUUGGUAUGUUUGUGAUGACUGUUUCGGGUAGCCCUAAAUUGUUUUCUAGGUGACCACCACAGAUGGUAGAACAUUAUUUAGUGCACAACAUCCAAUGGUUACUGUGGACAGUCGGAUAAAGAAAGUUUCAACAAGCAAAAUCAUCACCAAUAAGGUGAGCGUUUAAGAUUUAGUGGUUCUAGAAAGACAAACAUAGUCAUCGCUAUGGCUGUUUAAACAGUUUAGGUUACAAGGCGUUAAAAGAAUUAUUUUAGGUCCGUUCUCCAAUAAAUCAGCCGCUGAAAGCAGAGGCAGAGAAUGUUAUCCUCAGAGGAAAUCAAGGUGUCAAGUUAGAAGGCAAAACUAUCAGGUUCAAUGCGAGUACAAGUAUCGGAAUCAAAACUGAAGUAAGUCCAUCUCUUGCCAUUUUGGGAAAAAUAAGCUGGCCGUUAGAUGUAUGAUAGGUAUCGUUUAUUAUAAACAGAAAAUAUUGGGAUUACAAGUCCAUGACUCCCUCACUCCCCAAAAUCAUUUCGAUAGAUAUUUUCUGUUGGUGUGUCACAGAACGUUGUGUCGAUAUCUUCUACUGGGUCAUCUUCACUGAUAUCUUCAAUCUCACUAUCACUCUCAUCACUGUUUUUGUUUAUCCUCUCAUCAAUUUCGAAAGAUUGAGUGGCAACUGGUUUUGGUUUGACUGGUGGUGGAGGCACUGAUGCUGAUUUCACUGUAGGCGUAGGUGGGGGUAACGAACUGUCAUCUGAGAUCUCCGAUGUCACUGAUUUGGUUAUUUCAAUAUUUUCGAUGCUACGAUGAAGAGGGUUUGUGUAGUGGGAGGUCAGAUGUAAAGCUGAAGAUAAUUUCUUAGGGCCAAUAGUAAUCUUUAGUUAUUUUAGAAUUGAAUAUGGUAGAAGUAAGGGCAGCUUACAUUUCUUUCUCUCCGCGAUUAUCUCCAAUCUCGUUACUCUGGCUCCCAUUUCUCUGACAAUCUCUCCAAUCCCGUUUAGUCCAUGAACAAAUUGAGUUUGUCGAUUGUUGAUGUCUCCGAUUGCAUCUCUAACUCGAUCUAAGCUUCCCAAAAUCAUCUGCGUAUCAUUCAAAUUUCUUCGAUCCGCAAAUUGAUAGCCACAAUUCCCACAAAAAAUGGAUAAAUUGUUGGGGAUCGCGUAUUUACAUUGAGUGCAGAGACGAUAACACUUGCCGGUGUUAUGACCUUCCGCCAUUGCUAAAAGUAAAGUUUAAAAACGGUAGUUGUAAAAUAUAAGGCGUGAAGGUUUCAAAAUAAUUUCUUAAUCCUUGACUAAAAAGUGAAGAAAGUUCACGUAAAGUUGUCUCGGAAGUUGUUUGAAUGAGCUGUCCGAGAACAUCUGCAUCCAGAGCCGAGUUUUUUUUAUCAUUUCGACCGCAUUUGAUUUAUACGAGGCCAUGAACUCUUCAAUUCAAAGGAGAUUUUGAACUUUUUUUUGGGAAAUCCACUUUAUGGCACCAUGAGUUCCUGCGAAUUUUAAGCUUUUCAUUGAUUUUAGGGGGAAAUCUGUGAUUAGAGAGCUCUGCAUUUAAUGACGACACUUUUUUCUAACGUUCUAGCGUUUUUACUAUACUUUUUUGACCGAAUUUAUCAUACUAAACUUUGAUCUAUUGUUCAGGUCGACGGAGCUGUGCGUUUCAACUCCCGCAAAGUGUACCUUGGCAAUCGAAUGAACAACCUUCCCAUAUCCUCAUCUCCCUCAUUAACAGCUUCUAUCGAAGCCUAUCGUGUUUGUGUUUGCGUAACUCCAACACGCCCAAAAUUGUUCAUCACCCGCGGCAACAAACCUUGCGGUGCCUCGAGCACUAUUUGCCCAUAA